AUGUUAAGCUCCACAUGGCUCCAAAGGACACGUCAUUUGGAACUUGAGACUAGUAGUUUGCCUGAGAGAUUCAUCAAAGGGCUAACAAGUGCAAAUUUACAAGGAAGAGCUCAGAUUAUUCCUGACAAGGUAUCUGAAGGUGAUUUGGUGUUUUAUUUGGAUGGAGCACAUAGUCCUGAAAGCAUGGAAGUCUGUGCAAAUUGGUUUUCCAUAGCAAUUGGUGAUGAUAACUCCAAGAAGGACUCUGCACAGAUAUUAUUGUUCAAUUGUAUGUCGGUGAGGGACCCACAGUUGCUGUUUCCACGGUUGGUGGACACGUGUGGUGGACAUGGUGUAAAGUUUAAAAAGGCGAUAUUUGUGCCAAAUAUGUCGGUUUACAACAAAGUUGGAUCCAGCUCAUCAUCUUUGCCACAAACUGAUUUAAAAGAAGUUGAUAAUUCAUGGCAGCUGACACUUGGAAGAGUAUGGGAGAACAUUAUAUGCUGUGGUGAAAGUGAAAGUGAAACAGGAAGUUGUGAAAGUAAAAAUAGUAUGGUGUUUUCAUCACUUCCAUUGGCGAUAAAAUGGUUGAGAGACACUGCCAAACAAAAUAAGUCUGUUCGGCUACAGGUCUUGGUUACUGGUUCGUUGCAUUUGGUGGGUGAUGUUAUGAAAUUAGUGAACAAAUAACUUAACAAACUCAAAUUUCUUAUAAGUUACAACAGCAAAGAUGGAUUUAACAUUUAUUGUAGUUUAUGUUUCGUUGUAUUUGUUUCAAAAAACAAUCUAGUGUUUAUUAGUGUUAUUGUAUUUGUUUAUGAUACUUAGAUUGGUUUUUUGUAAAAUAUUACUGCCAUUGAUUACUAUUAUUUUUAUCAGAAUUGCGGUCAUAUUAUGGGUGUGUUUAAUGUAUUUUUUUAAAUGUUGGAGGUUAUCUACAUAACCAAUCUCCCUG